AUGUCCUGUCCAUCUAAAACUAUAAACAGAUCCAUAAGGGCUCUAUUUGCAACAUUAUACCUAGUGUGGGUAAUCCUCACCAUUCCACUUGCUUUUGAUGUUGGUGGUGUCAAUUGUGGGUUAGCGUUUUCAUUAACAUUACUUGUUAUCUACUUUAUUCUUACAACUAUCCAACUACUAGCACGAAGAACUAAAUAUUUUAAAUGGAUUUCCCUUGUAUACUAUGGUCAACAUUUCCUUAUCCCCAGUUUAUUGACAUAUUUCCUCAGUUAUUAUAGUAAUGAUCCUACAAUUGAAUCCAAGUUUAAUCCAGUAUUGAUUUGGAAGUUUCUUUUGAUUAAUGCUACACCAAUUAUCACCAUCUUGGAAGGAUUUUGUUCUUUGUUGUUGAUUCAAGCAAUAGGACAAACUGUCAAUUGGUUGACUUUGUACAAGUCGGACUCGUGGUUGAUUAUAUCAUUAAUUGGAAGUGCCGUGGUUGACACUGGUGCCUUUUAUUGUUUGUACAGAAUUUAUGUCCUUCCCGUAACCAUUGACAUAUUGGAGUCAUCAUUAUUGGGCUCAUUAUUGACAUUGACGUUUGGAUUGUGCUUAUUUGGAAUUGUUAGUGGUAAAGGUUCAAUGAUUGAGUCAUCUUUGUUAUUUGCAUACAUAGUUAGAUGUAUCUAUGAGACAUUUCCUUCAUUGGCUGAAGGUGCAUCACAAGCAUUGGCAAAUUUAUUAACCCUGGCAUCUCAAAAUGUUCGUAAUGAAAUACCAAAGAUUCCUCCAUCGAUCAUGAACCCGAUUUCAGAACUUGUCCCAUUUUUAACAGAAACUUUCCCACUUUCCUUCAAAGGGGUUUGGGAAUAUUUGGUUGAAGCUAUACAGAAAUUGCCCUUGUCACUAUUACUCAAUCUCGCGUAUCGGAUUGGUGUGUUUUACGCAGCAACUAAAAUCAUUCCAUCUUUAUACAAAUCGGUAUCAUAUCCAUCAACAACCCCACUACAACAAAGAUCUCGCCAGCCUUCAAGCACUCGUUUGUCAUCCUUGGAUUCAAGUGAGAGGGUGCCUUUGAAAUCAAGAAAAUCGUUCCAUCUCAAACCACCCCAUCAUCAACCACCUUCAGCAUUUAUACGACUUAUUUAUGCAUAUUCUCCAUGUUUAGUGAUUGCUGUAUACACCCAUUUAAUGUUGUCGUACAUUGGAGAAUUGGGCGUCGAAUUACAAGUAUGGCCUUUAUAUGGAAAUACCGGUACAAAGAUUGUUGUCCACCCAUGGAAAUUUUGGAAUUGGAUCAAUAUGGGAACAACAUUGAUUUUAUACGUUGCAGAAUUACUGAACAAUGAAAGUUCAUCAGGUGGUGGUAAUAGCUUAACAAGCCAUUGGAAAGUAGAGUAG